GAGUUUAAGAAUGUGGACGGGGACGAGUACCAUGCAGACAUGUCCACGCUGGCGUCUCCGGCCUCCCAGGGCAGUCCGGACGUCUACAUCCUGCCACUCACUGAGGUGUCGCUGCCGACCACCAAACCACCGGCCCGAUCAGUCCUGCAGCUGAAGUCCACAGAUCUGAGCCGCCGCAGUCUGCUGUACCUGAAAGAGAUUGGGAAUGGCUGGUUCGGGAAGGUUCUGCUGGGGGAGGUGAACACGGGCCUGAGCACCACCCAGGUGGUGGUGAAGGAGCUCAAAACCAGCAGUGGUGUGCAGGACCAGAUGCACUUCCUGGAUGAAGCCAAACCUUACCGGACCCUCGAGCACCCGGCCUUGCUGAAGUGUCUGGCGCAGUGCACCGAGGUCACGCCCUACCUGCUGGUGAUGGAGUUCUGUCCACUGGGGGAUGUGAAGGGUUACCUCCGAAGCUGCAGGUCCAACGAGACCAUCACCCCCGAGCCGUUGAUCCUGCAGAGGAUGGCCUGUGACGUUGCAUCAGGACUUUUGCACCUGCACAAGCACAACUUCAAACACAGUGACCUGGCUUCAAGGAACUGCUUGUUGACUUCUGAAAUGUCAGUAAAAAUUGGGGAUUAUGGUCUGGCUCACACCAAGUAUAAGGAUGAUUACUACGUGACCUCAGAUCAGACGUACAUGCCGCUGCGUUGGAUCGCUCCGGAGCUCGUGGACGAGGUUCAUGGAAACCUGCUGGUGGCCGAUCAGACCCAGCAGAGCAACAUCUGGUCUCUUGGCGUGACGAUCUGGGAGCUGUUCGAGCUGGGAAACCAGCCCUACAGACAUUACACCGACAGGCAGGUCCUGACGUACGCUGUGAGGGAGCAGCAGCUGCGACUGCCCAAACCCCUGCUCCAAGUACCCUUGGCUGAACGUUGGUACGAGGUUAUGCAGUUCUGCUGGCUCCAGCCAGAUCAGAGACCCAAUGCGGAGGAAGUCCACCUGCUGCUCAGCUACCUGUGUGCCAAGGGGGCCAGCGAGGCCGAGGAGGACUUUGAGAGACGCUGGAACUCGCUGCGUCCCAAUGCUGGGUUCAGCAGCUACCGCAGCGGCUCGGUUAUCGCCCGAGACCACCCCUCAUCGACUUCGUCCUCGUUCCCUCUGCUAGAGCAGUUCUCUUCAGGGGAUGGUUACCACUCAGAGUCUGGAGACGACAUCCUAACGGUCACAGAGACGAGUCAGGGCCUGAACUUUGAGUAUAAAUGGGAGCAAGCCCGAGCAGAGCAGGCUUAUAGACCCUCAGAAUCCUCAAGCACCCAUCACUGUCAGGAGGAGUUUUACCCUCCGGGGGGCAUCGUUGGAGGGUGCCCCAUGGAAAACCUGAACCAUGGAAAUUCUCCUCUUUACUACCAGCCCAAACACCUGCUUCCACCACAUGUGCUCCCUGUCCUCAGUGCCCACAGCCCUUCAGUAGGCAGUGAAUACUACAUCCGCAUUGAGGAGCCGGUGGACUGUAACAUGGACCCGGAUUACACCGUGUGCUCCUACAGCCCAGAGUAUCAGGGCAGCAGUGGCAGCUUCCUGACGGGGAGCGCAGACUCUGGUGAAUACAUGGCCUGCCCUUCACAGACCACAAACAUCGGCCCCUACUGGUCUGCAGACGUCCAUAAAUCUGACGUGUACGACUCCAACGACUCCAGUCCAGCCAUCUCACUGACAAUGGAGCCCCUUUUGGGACAAGUGUCGGACAGCAGCCCCCUUCGACCCUGGGAGUCCAGUCACUAUGUGUCCUAUAAAGACAGAGAUGGGGGCUACUACUAUGAGCAUUCCCCACCUUUAGGAAUAGAUCCAUAUUUGGUUGGAAGUGAGCACUCCAGCGAGCUUCAUGAAGAAAGCUGGGGGUCAAGAAGCCUCCGUCAGGCUUUGGGCGAACUGGACAACCCUUUUGAUAUUUCACCAUCUCUGAACAGUCCACCUCAACAGGCUUUCACAGACUCAUACCUGGACACAAGCCAUACCUCCAUCUUGGGUAAGAACAUCACUGGGGGCUACUAUGACAUGAUGGGCUCUUUAAGAAAGACCAUGCCUAGCCACACAAGGCACAACAACCACUCUGUCAGUAUCAACAUGGAUACCGGGGGCGCCCUCUUCAUUGGGCACAGAGACAGCGAGUCGGAGGAAGAAGAGGAUGACCUCUUUCUGGAGAGACACACAUGCAACACUUGGCCUUCAAAGCACCGCCACAGCAGCGUGGGCUGCCACAGACGGGCGAGCCACAGCUGCAGACAGGACGCCUACGCUGACUUCCACUACACGAUGCCAAGCACCGACAUCGAAGACACCUGGCCAGAGGAGCGCAGCCUGGCCUUUCACUCUCUGCCCAAACCUGUUGACUAUCUGGAGCCGCACCAGGCCAAAGACAACAGCGCCUGCCUCAGCCUGAGCAAACGUGCUGCGGUGCCCCCGGACAGCUGCAACGCCUACAUCUACCUGUGCCAUGAAGGUGAGCCUCAGCCGCCAGCACCUGGAGAGUGCUGCCACUCCCACUUUGUUGACCCACUCACCGGCCUGCUGGUCAGGAACAACAGCUGCUGCCACAGCUACAUUCACAGCAGUUGCAUGAGAGACAAGGCCACCGAUGUCCCAAGCAAUGAAGAGAUGAUCAAUCUUUCACCGGCUCCAGGAGGUCCCAUUGUGCCCAAACAUGCCUUAAAGUCUCAAGACCAUAACGAGCUGUACGUUCACCUGACCGCUGAUGAAGCCACACGUAACGAGAAGAGAGAGGAAGUAAUCAAAGAGAAUCUAAUCAUGCAGAAACCACCAGAACCAAGAAUAGAGGAGCAGAACCUGACGAUGACUAAAACCCCUCCACCUCCUGCGGACAACAUGCACGUGAUGGUGGUCAUCUCAGACCCACAGUCGGAGCUGAGUCACGCCGCAGAUAGUGGCGUGGAGCAUGGCGGCUCCAGCGUGAGCCUCGCCGACAUCCUCGACUGCAGUGACGAGGAUGACGACAUAACAGAUGACAUCACUGACGUCACUUCGGGGAUCUUCGCUGACGAGGGCAGCGAGCUGAACUCUUCUCCUGCCUUCAGAUCCCUCCAGAAGCAGGUAGGAACUCCAGAUUCCAUGGACUCCAUGGACCUCCCAUCUGCAGCAGGGUCCUGUGAAGGCCUCAGUCCUGCAUCCUCCCACCCCUCAAGCUCUCCUAAAGCCAUGGACAGUGGUUACGACACAGAGAACAACGAGAGUCCAGAAUUCAUUCUCAAAGAAGCUCACGAGCUGCGGCCACAGCCUCAGGGACAGUCUGGCCUGGAUGCAAGUCUGGAGGAAGAGGAGGAUAAACUGGUACCUUCAGAAGGGGAAGUAGAGAGUGAAGAUUCAGCUUUGGGGAACUCACAGACCGGUGACCACGUUCUGUUACCCCUGAGUGAUAAGACUCCAUACAGAGACUCCGCCUACUUUUCAGAUUAUGAGAAUGAGAGGCAAAGCCGAGAAGAUGAUGAAGAACUUCAGCUGAGGGAUGGACCAAAUGAUGAAGAGGUGCAGCAGGAUGGAGACCAAAAGGCAGAAAAGAGAAAAACUGAAGAGGAGGAGGAGGAACUAAAAGAUGUGGUGAACAAAGACCUAGAGUUGAAAGUAGGAGAUCAAAAUGCAAAAGGAGCAACAGAAUCCUGUCGUCCUCCAGAGAUGGAGACGGAGGAGAGCUGCCAGGAUGAGGAACCAGAACCGUCUCUGGAGCCGUCGGACUCUGAGGGGAUUCUGGACGAAUGGCCGUCCCAGGAGGAGAGUUCCUCUAUGGAGGACUGGGCAGCUGAGGUGGUGGGGGCCAUGGAGGAGGCUCUUGGUGCCCUUCAUGGAGACUGUGCCUCCACUUUUAAGGUGGGCGAGGAGACUGAAGACACAAAAGGUUCUGAUCAAGCUUCAGAGAUGGAGACGGUGAUAAAAACCGUUCCAAAAAGGCCAUCAGGUGAAAUCUCACACACCUUACCCAAAGAUGAGGUGGCCCUGCAGCACACGGCAAACAGCAGGAGGUUCUCCUCUUCCUCGCCCCUCUCCCCACCAACGGCUCCUUCUCCACCUCCAACAGAGGGCCGAGCAGCUCCCGCUGACGGCGAGGAGGCCGACAAGGAGGACGGUGACUCAGACGACAGCGACGAGUCGGACGAGGAGCUGAGAACCUACAGCGUGCAGAGUGGAGGCGAGGAAAGCGAGGAGGAGAGCCACCCGGUGCCCGUCGUGGUGAGCGACGACAGCGAGGCCCACAAACUGAGGAGCCUCCUCAAGAGGCCGACGCUGCUCACCAUGGAGAACCUGCAGGAGGAGCUGGAGCGGAAGAAGAAGACCGUGUCCUUCUUCGACGACGUUACGGUGUAUCUGUUCGAUCAGGAGAGUCCGACUAAAGAUCUGGUGGAGCACGGCCUCCCUUUGGCCUCAGAGGGUCGGAGCUCAAGAAGAAAAUCUGUGGACAGGCUGAACGCCUCGGACGAUUCUUCAGACGGGAACGUCUCAGAGGAGAGUGCAGGGUUCGAGUGGGACGACGACUUCCCCCUCCUUCCUCUGCCGACGUCCUCGGCAGCAGCAGACUCCCCCCCGCCUCGCUCAGUCACCAAAGCUCCGGAGCCCAGACCGACCACCCAGUUCUCACGCUUCGCCGUGUCCCCGUCCAACGUGUCCCGCUUCUCCAUCACUCACAUCUCUGACUCUGACGUGGACUCAGCAGGAGGAAGCAGCGAAGAUGGAGACAAAGAGUAGGACGCUGUGGGUUUGACCAGGACCGUCUUCGCAUGACUCCAUGUUUCUGUCUUACCGUCAGGUUCUUAAAACACAAGACAGUGCCUCUUCCCGCCUGCAGACACUUUUACAAAACCCUGUCGGACCUCGGCGUCGGACCAGUCGUAGUUUAGAAAAGAGAACCAUGAAGAUUUCUAGAAUAUGAACCUUCACGGCGUGAAUGAUUCAUACAUGAGAAUAAAAUUGUGUAUUUUUUGGAUCUAAGAGACACAGUGGAAGGAAAGGCUCCUAAAAUAACUUCAUAUCUGCCUUUUUCAUUUUUAUUUUUCACUCCUAACGAUGUGGAACAGACUGUGCCGAGUUUUCAACACACGGCCGACCCCUGGGACACGACGGCACCGCUCCAGUCUUUGUACUUUCCAGGAAACGAGUUCCUUGCAUUCAUAAAUACCACGAGGCAUUACGAGUAAAAUAAUAAUAUUUGAUCCUUUCAGAGACUAAAAGACGUUCUUGUGUGCAGCGGGACUGUUGGCAUCCAUCUGGAUGGGAGCUGGUCUUUGUUCAAGACUCGUUUAAACAACAACCCGAUUAUUUCACUUGUUCUUUGCCGCAUCAGAACCACGAAUGGACCGUUUUACAAAAAUAUCACCACGGUUACAACCGGUCCGUCUUUACUGCAUAUCACACCAAAACAAGACGAAGGUUAAAACCACGUUCAGGUCUCACCUGUGGGUUCGUUUCUUCAGCACCGGGCAACAAGAGGCUGACGAGCACUUCUGCAGGAGCUGUAAAAUAAGUAACGUGAGAUCAUUUUCUGCCUCGGCUCACAAGCACGUGUUAUAAAAACGGGUUUGGGUAAUCUGGACUUCAUCACAUUGAUGCAAAGAUCCUGUGAAGAUCGCUGAUCAACAAGAGCCGCCGUCACAACGUGGUGAAAUAUAAAAAUUAAAACCUGACGUGUGGUUUGGACAAACUGUUCAGUUCAGCCCACUACCAAGAACUGGACCUGAUGGUUGUAAAUAUGGUGGAACGAGGAGCUCGCUGCCGUGUGGUCAGUCUGAAGCAGGGUUAGGUUUCACAUGAGCAGCGAACGUUGCUCAGAGAAGCAAUAAAUCUCAAGCUGGCCUUUAAAACCUUCAGAAGCUCCAGAGGACGGUCCAACGCUGAAGCUUGCUUUCAUCACUCAUCUCCCACUGGUUGGCCUUCAAGCUCCCACUACACAAUAUUAGCCCGUCGUCACUUGGAGCUGUGCGUUGUGGGGUUCUGGUUCCUUUUUAAAGCAGAAAGACUUGUAGGAUCAGCUGAUCGUCUUUGUGCCACACGUUUGAAGAACGCCACAGGAAGCAGCGCUGACGGCCGAGCAGCUCCUCUUUUAUCCAUCCGAUGGAAGUUUGAACAGCUCGGGUGCAGAAAGCGCUCGGUUUGCUUGACCAACCACAUCUUCCCUUCAUUCAGAGUUCCUAUGGAGCGAACAGAUCUGCUCUGAACCAGGAGGUCCAGAAGAACCUGAUGAAGACAGCAAACGACGAGGCUACUUCCAGAAAUGAUGAUCAGGACUGUAAAGAGGUCGUUUGCUGUCAAAGCACCUUCAAAUCUUUCAAGUGUUUCAAAAGGAUCAGGGUCCAUUCCUGAACAUCUCUUGGGUCUCUUUCUGUGCAGCAGAGUUAUUCUAAAUGAAGAAACCUGGAGGAGUCUGGUCUGACGUGAGUCCUCUGCUCCACCAGACUCAUCACUACGGUUAUCGUUCUUGGUUCUUUAAAAAAAUAAAAGAUCUUCGUAAGGUCCUGUAUUUACAAACUGCUGCAUCUGAGUCGCUUUGUUCCACCUGUGGGAUCAAAACUGCAUCUGGUCUCGUCUUCAUGCUUCUGUUUGAAAGAGGAAUCAAAGAGUCGGCUCCGUCUUAACGACAAUCUUCAUAAAUGUGGUUUUGGAUGCAGAGCAGCAGCACAGCAGAGAGGGACUGGGAGGACGAUGAACCGUUCUGCGUUAAACACGCAGUAAAUCUCAGUUUUUGACUUCCUGUUUGUAAGAGAUGGACGUUCGACUGCUGAUCCUGAAUAUCGUGACUGUCGGGAGACAUGUUUGUAAUUUGGAUCAUUUCUGAAAGGAGCUCAGCUUCUACGAACUUCAGCCAUAGUUUGUGUGUUCACCUUGAUCAGCUGAUCAAACUGUGGCUCCGUUUCUGUGAAGAUCAAAGACGAGGCCCAGGAGCCGUGGGAACACACGAUCCAUGUCGUGUCUUCUAAGUGUCCAGGUUAGUGUAGAAACAUGUAGUGAACUCAAGAAGUAUUUGUACCUGUGAGGAGGAGGAGGAGGAGCUGGAGGAGGAGGAGCUGGAGGAGGAGGAGCUGGAGGAUGAGGAGCUGGAAUCUGUUCAUUGUUGCCAAAGAGCUGAGGUGUUUCAGGUCCACGUUCAGGUCAUAGGCGUAGCCAGGAUUUUAUGAGGGGCGGUUCGUUUGAAGAAAAAGUGGACCUGUAGGACUACUCUGAUUGGUUCAUUGGCGGUGGUACACAUAACUUCAAAUGUGUAAACAAGCUAAUUAGCUAGCUAGUUAAAACACUGCUGUGUGAGGUAAAUCUGUGUUACCAAAUAGGCGGUUGUGAGUGGAGAAAGAGCAACACACUGAGAGGGGAAUAGCGUGUGUGUGUCCAGUCUUCUAUUCAGAACUCAUCCCAGACACGAACGAACACUUCGGUACUCCCGAGUCCCGCCCGAACAUACACAAAAAAAAAAAAAAAACACCGAAGAAGAAUGAAAGACGUCAUCCUCUUAAAGGCACAGUACCACUCCUUAACU